UAACUCCCCUCCCACCUUUUUUUUUUUUUUCUUUCUUCAUCUCCUCCCAUCUCCUUCUCCCGGGCGUUGCCCGGCGGACUAUAUAUACUCGAAUAAACUCGAGUUGAACUCCUCCUUUCUUCUCAAAGACAUCUUGCUCACUCAUCCUCCUCGUAGCUACGCUUCCAUCCACCUGCCUCUGCAGCCAUGUCUGAUUUGGAGAAAUGCAUGGAGAACCUCAUCGUCAUCUUCCACCGCUACGCCAAAGACGACGGUGAUGGCAGGACUCUGAGCAAAAAAGAACUGAAGAAACUACUGGAGACGGAGUUGCCAACCUUCCUCAAGACUCAAAAGAACCCCAAAACAGUGGAUUGCAUCUUGCAGGACCUGGACCACAACAAAGAUGACAAGUUAGACUUUGAAGAGUUUCUCCCCUUGGUCGCAGGCCUCUCCUUGGCCUGUGAGAAGUGCUACGUGCUGCACCAGAAGAAGGGCAAACAGUAAACACACGAGUAUAAAUGCAUUUCUGACUGAAUAUUUCCUUUGUCUGUCUGAUUAUUCACACCAUGAAGGUCUGUUUUUGUAUUUUUAUUCUGCAUGAUUUGAAUACAUGGAAGCAGUUUAGCCCAAAGGCGUGCACCUUGUUUGUUCUGCCUCUGAAACGCUGUGAUUGAUAACCAAACAGUUGAGAAAUGGCAAGUGAACUAUUUGGCACUACUUUCUAGUUUUCCGCUGUGUACUAAAUCACAAAGCUAACAAAUUCUGUACAUGUAUGUGAGUCUUAAUGAAACUUUCACGGCUGAAAUAAAAUGUUAAUCUGCUAGCAGAA